CUGUUAGAGUCAAAGUGAAUCCAAAACGAAAGGGCAAAGCUGCAUUCGUCCUUGAUUUUCUUGUCGCAAGUAUCACAUUAAAGUUCCAUUUCGACCUCAUAUCACUCUUCCCACGGGGUUAACAGUUGUGCCCAUGCGAACAGGAGAGUUCCUAUAUAAAUCUAGAUACGAACAUUUGAUCUGCUAGAUAGAAGCAGGAAACAAAAAAGUUUGAUUCAAGGGAACUCUGAUUAUAUUUGGUAAACCGUCAGACGAGAAGCGGUUUUAGCAUUGUAAUGGUAAAGGAGUGAAGCCGCACAGAAUACAUCCUUCACAUAUAGUAGGAACAAAAAAACCCAGAGGCUUUAAAAACAUAGGGUUUGAGUCUGGGGUAAGAAGGCAUGGGGCACGUGGGCUCCUCAGACGAUGCUCUGCUAAAGGAAUUCUUUGCCGAAGUUAGUGAAGUCGAAAGAGACAAUGAGGUUAACAGGAUUGUUUCGUGCUUCAAAUUAAACCCUUUUGAGCAUCUAAACCUAUCUUUUGAUUCAAUGCCAGAGGAUGUAAAGCGACAAUAUCGCAAGCUGUCAUUGCUGGUACAUCCUGAUAAAUGCAAACACCCAAAGGCACAGGAGGCUUUUACAGCAUUAGCAAAAGCUCAGCAGUUGCUGUUGGAACCUCAGGAGAGGGAAUAUCUUGUUUGCCAAAUCAACAUAGCAAGAGAUGAAUUGAGAGCAGAGAGAAAGAAACAGUUAAAAAAGGACAAUGCCUCAAAAAUCAAAUCUUUGGUUGAUGAGGGAAAAUACGAGUUGCAGUAUGAGAAUUCAGAAGACUUUAAACAAAAAUGGAAACAAAGAGUACGGGACAUAUUGACUGAGCAGGAGUGGCGUAGGCGCAAGAUGCAGAUGAGGAUAUCAGAGGAGGAAGGGAGGUUGAAGAAAGAUGAAGAAGAAACAAAGGAGAUGUGGAAAAGGAAGCGUGAGAAUGAAGAGAUGUGGGAAGAAACAAGAGAGAACAGAGUUUCAAGCUGGCGAGACUUCAUGAAGACAGGGAAGAAGGCAAAGAAAGGAGAGUUGCGGCCACCAAAGCUUAAAACGGAAGACCCAAAUAAAUCAUAUGUGCAGAGACCGGUUAAAAAGGGCUAAUAUAACCAGCCAUUGUACAAUAAUCUAGAGAAAUGCAGCUUUGGCUCCUUAUUGUUUCAUGUAAUCUUAUCAUCUAGAUACUUUAUUAGUUUCAGAAAAAAUUAAAAUUCAUGUGAACGUCCUUCAAAAUGGAUGUUUCUGGAGGAGCAUAAAAUCUUGAAGCUAUCUCUGAUUGAAAGGCACAACUGUUUGCUUUUGCAAUUUCAUUGUAUUUGCAAUAGAUGACCGCAACUUUAACCAUAAGCAUCCCCCCUGAUUUGGACGUUAAUCUAAUUCUUAAUGUUGGAGUGGCCACAGAAUUUAAUCAUCCUUUCCUCGUGAGAACUCGAGAAAUGGUAGUAGCUGAGAUGUCUAGAGUUUAAACAUUAUUGCAGCUGCUGUGAGUAAAUUUUAUGUAGCUCUCAUCAUUUUUUGA